UUCUGGCACAAAGCAUGCUUUCACUGCGAGACCUGCAAGAUGACCCUGAACAUGAAGAACUACAAGGGCUAUGAGAAGAAGCCCUACUGCAAUGCACACUACCCCAAGCAGUCCUUCACCAUGGUGGCUGACACUCCGGAAAACCUCCGCCUCAAGCAACAGAGUGAGCUGCAGAGUCAGGUGCGCUACAAGGAAGAGUUUGAGAAGAACAAGGGUAAAGGCUUCAGCGUGGUGGCAGACACACCCGAGCUGCAGAGAAUCAAGAAGACCCAGGACCAGAUCAGCAAUAUCAAAUACCAUGAGGAAUUUGAGAAGAGCCGCAUGGGGCCCAGUGGAGGUGAAGGUGUGGAGCCAGAGCGCCGAGAACCCCAGGACAGCAGCAGCUACCGGAGGCCACCAGAGCAGCAACAGCCACAGCCUCACCACAUCCCGACCAGUGCCCCGGUUUACCAGCAGCCCCAACAACAGCAGCUGACUCAGUCCUAUGGUGGCUACAAGGAACCUGCAGCCCCUGUCUCCAUACAGCGUAGUGCCCCUGGUGGUGGCGGGAAACGGUACCGCGCAGUGUAUGACUACAGUGCUGCUGACGAGGACGAGGUCUCCUUCCAGGAUGGGGACACCAUCGUCAAUGUGCAGCAAAUCGAUGAUGGCUGGAUGUAUGGGACCGUGGAGCGCACUGGCGACACAGGGAUGCUGCCAGCCAACUACGUGGAGGCCAUCUGAGCCCCGUGCUGCCCCACCCACUGUCUUCAAUGCAUUCCAUGGCAUCACGUCUGUCCUGGGGCCUGACCCAUCCACACUUCAGUGUCUCUGUCUUUUAAGAUCCGCCACUGCUUCUUCAUCCCUGCCCCUCCUCCAGCUCCUUUUGCCAACCCAAGCCUUGUUCUGCCACUGUCUCAGGCUCCUUCCUCUGGCGGGUUUUCCCUUGGACCAACCGACUGAUUGAUUUUUCUCUCUGGAUGGAACAGGCUGGGCACUCUGGGGAGGGCAGGACUGUUCUGGGGAGGGUGGGCUCACAGGGCUGGGCUGAAAUAAUAGGAGACCCAUUAAAGAGAUUGGUUAGGCCAGGCAUAGUGGCACAUACCUUUAAUUUGGGAUUCAGAGACAAACAGAUCUCUGAAUUCAAGGCUAGCCUGGUCUAUAUCAUGAAUUCCAGGACAGCCAGAUGAGAUCCUGUCUUGGGGAAGGGGGGAUUGGUUAGCUCCCAGCUUCAUUUCCUGUCUAGCUCUCCUAUCACUCUAUCCUAAGGUUGGGGUGAGCUCCAUACUCCUCAUACCUCCAGGUGGGGUUCCACACAUUCCCAGGGGGUAGGUAUUGAAGCCUCAGUUAUGUAGGGACCAAUGUGAUGAGUUUACCUUUCUGCUAGUCCACCCUCCUGAUCCUGUGUGUGUUCCUUUACAUGCUGGGUGUGCCGUCCUGCCCACACAAACCUAGGAUGGCCAAAGAGCUCCUCAGGAAGCACAGCUUGGGUCAAGUUCUUGCCUUAGUUUUAGGGGCAGCAGCGGGAAGGAGGGAACAGGGUGUUCUCCCCGGGCCUAUUUCUGCCCGAGUUCCCCAGCUCCAGGGACUCUAUUUAUCUCCCAGGCUGGGAGCCUGCUGUGAAGGGUAGAGCAAGGGAUGCCUCUGUCACUUGAGUUAACUGAGCUGUUCCUUUCUACUCCCCUGGGAAGAGGUCCUAUGGCCUUCCCUCCCUACGACAAGGCUGGAUGGGGCCUGGAGCUUGGGAAGUCAGAAAAUGAAAACAGUCCUGGACUCAUAGGAGGCCCCAUCCUUUUGCUCACUCACUGGGAAGGUGGGAGAAGGCUUUCCUGUCCUUGUGUCUGAGGCUACAGAGUAGGGUAGGACCAAGUCACCCACACUGUGGUAGCUCCCUUGGGGCUCUCCUGUCCUUGGAGCAGGGAAGAGAGUCCAGGACUCCAAAGCUGGCGGCACCAUCUCUAAAUCGGUGCUAAACUCAGGUUCCUCCUUUGCACCUGGGGCCUGGGACAGUCGUCACUUCAUUCAUCUCUGAGUUUUCUUGACACCUCUCCUGGGUCCCCCGACUCUCAUCUUCACUCUGAGUCUCAUAUCAGGUCCCUUUGCACACAGACCCUGCUUCGGGUGAGGUUCGAACCUGAAGGCACUGGUCAGGUCAGCAAUGCAGUGGUCAAGACAACGUGCAAGGACUUGCUAGAGGAACCACCCUCCUGCCUGGCCAGUCCCCUUUCCUGUGUGUGGCAUGGGGAGAACGCUGUGGAGGCAUACCAGGAGCCCCUGGGGAGGUGCCAGUCUACUCCAUUUCCUCUUGAUCUCAAAGCACAAUGCAGUUUUGGGGACCAGAAGUCACUCUUGUAGGGCCUGUGCUUGGGAGGUGCCACAGCCUGAACCUCCCUUCCCCUGCUCUAGAAAUGGGGGAGACGCUCACACACCCACAGAGGGAAGAGGAUCCAUCUAUUGGUGCUGAGGGCCCCAGCUGGAGUCCAUAUUCUUUUCCAGAAGCAUCCACCCCUAGAAGAGCACAGGAUCCCCAAGCCCAUGGUCUCUUCCUUUGUAAAGGUCUUUCAGCCAAUCAAAACCCAGGAAAAAAAAGGCACCUUGGCUAGACUGUGAACUUAACUUUUGUGGGCCAAUCCUGCAAUGCAAGAAGCCCCGUGGUGAGGGGUAUGAAUUCUCCCCGCACUGCUUCCUGUUUUCCCGCCCUCAUGUCCCUCCAGGGAGCAUUUUAUUUGUUAAUAGCUGGACACAAGACAAAAAGUACCACCCCACAAAGCCUGUAUUUAAAAGGAAACAGAAGUGACCCUGUGAAAUUCGCCUCUGUCUGAUAUUCCAUCUGUGUGUGUGGUAUGUGUGUGUGUGUGUGUGUCUGUGUGUGAAGCCGCCCACUCAUCUUUUAUAUGGGGUUGUCAUCUUUCUUUGGUCUGUUUGGUCCCCUCCCUCCUGGCCUUGCACUCGGGAUCAGUUCUUUCUGGCCUGUUAUGAUUCUGAACAUUGACUUGAACCACAAAGUGAAUCUUUAUCCUGGUGACGCAAAUAAAAGUCUAAUUUUUACCUGCGGA